GAGUGCAGGGUUACCGCGCCCAUCUCUGCUGUUUGAUGGCUGGAGGAAGAAGCGACUGAGAUCCUGGCGUGAAGGAAGAAAAAAGAGGGACGACGACGGUGGGAAAGACAAGAAGGGAUUUUUGCUUUGAGUUGGAAUUUGCGUUGAAACGGAAGAACGCUCAAACGGGACUCUGACACGUCUGUCUGGGUGAAACACCGCCUUGUCUCUGCGCCUCUGUGCCGGUGUGUCUCCCCCCUCGGCGGGUCAAAAACUGGGUUCGGGGAGUGCCGCUCCUCGGUAGCUAAACUAGCUAAAUCUGAGCGCCUGGGCGGAGAGAGGAGAGACAAGAUUUAGCUGUUUCCAGUCAAUGUGAUAUAAACAACGGACACCCUCGACUGAAAGCGGAUCAGCAAGAGUCUAGGCGGCGGAGCGAAGCACACCAUUAGCAGAGGAAAAUGAGUGAACUGGAUCAGCUACGCCAGGAGGCUGAGCAGCUCAAGAACCAGAUCAGAGAUGCCAGGAAAGCGUGUGCGGAUGCUACCCUGUCUCAGAUCACAGCUAACAUCGACCCUGUUGGCCGAAUUCAGAUGCGCACUAGACGGACACUGAGGGGGCAUCUGGCUAAAAUCUAUGCCAUGCACUGGGGCACUGACUCGAGGCUUUUGGUCAGUGCCUCCCAGGACGGCAAACUCAUUAUUUGGGACAGCUACACCACAAACAAGGUCCACGCCAUCCCGUUGCGCUCCUCCUGGGUGAUGACGUGCGCUUAUGCCCCUUCUGGGAACUAUGUCGCCUGCGGAGGCCUGGACAACAUCUGCUCCAUCUACAACCUGAAGACCCGUGAGGGAAAUGUGCGUGUCAGCCGCGAGCUGGCUGGACACACAGGUUACCUGUCCUGCUGUCGCUUCCUGGAUGACAACCAGAUUGUCACCAGCUCUGGAGACACCACCUGUGCUCUGUGGGACAUUGAGACUGGUCAGCAGACAACUACAUUCGCUGGUCACACCGGUGAUGUCAUGAGUCUCUCUCUGGCACCCGACACCAGGCUGUUUGUGUCUGGAGCCUGCGAUGCCUCAGCCAAGCUCUGGGACAUCAGAGAAGGAAUGUGCCGACAGACCUUCACUGGCCACGAGUCAGACAUCAACGCCAUCUGCUUCUUCCCCAAUGGCAACGCCUUUGCCACGGGCUCAGACGAUGCUACCUGCCGGCUGUUUGACCUGCGUGCUGACCAGGAGCUGAUGGUUUACUCACAUGACAACAUCAUCUGCGGUAUCACCUCCGUGGCAUUCUCCAAGAGUGGCCGCCUACUGCUGGCCGGCUACGAUGAUUUCAACUGCAACGUCUGGGACACUUUGAAGGCCGACCGUGCAGGUGUCCUGGCUGGUCAUGAUAACCGAGUGAGCUGCUUGGGCGUGACCGACGAUGGCAUGGCGGUGGCAACAGGGUCCUGGGACAGCUUCCUCAAGAUCUGGAACUAGAAUCUGAAGAUGGCACCCGGACUCCAAAGUUGAGUGGAACACCAUUCCAACAUCACAAUGUUCAAUUUUAUUGCAUAUCCAAUCUUUUCAAAAACUCCAUGAUACUGACUCCAAACACCCCAAAAAACUAUCAAGGGCAAAAAUUCUCUCUCUCUCUCUCCUUCUCAUUUAAAAGAGCACAAUUGUCUGUCACUCAUUCAGCUACGAAAAAAGAAAAAAAAAAAGCUUGAGGAAUUUAGAGGUUUCUAAAUGGAACGGAGGGAAAAAUUGUGCAUUCCUCCCAUGACCAUGGUCUGGUAUUGUAGUAAGUGAAAAUACAAAUGCCCCACCACCGCUGCCGCCACCACCAAGCAAACGUGUCCUGCGUCCUCAUUAUACACAGGUCUGAGUGAAGGUUAUUUACAUGACAGUGAUCUAACUCUUAAUAGCUUUUUGGCCAUGUUUAUUUUUGUUUCUUUGUUGUUUUCAUUAUUAUUUUUUGUUAAAGAUAAGUAGAACAGUGAACUGUCAGUUAAUGUUUAAAAUGAGGAUCAAAGCUUUGUUUUAUUUCUUAGUCUUUACACAUUUUAGCGAAUGUUUUUAAGUUGAAAACUAAAGGAACCUCCAGAUCAUGUCAUUUUAAAUCCAGCUUUAUCCCACUGGAGAACAAAGCGAGAGAAUUGAGCUUCAACAGGGAGUCCUCAAGCCACUUCUGGCCCUUCUGUAUAUUUAGUCCCAUGAUACUUUUACUGUUUCUUUUUUUUCCAGUGUAGUCCACAAAUCUUUGUUUGCACAAAAAUUAAACUUUGCAUAUAUAGAAUAAUGUCUAAAGAAAAAAAAAGUUAACUAACCAAGCACAUGCUGUUUAUGAUAAUGAAUGCUCGUUUUUAAAACGAAAAACAACAAAAAAAAAAAAAACCAUUUUAACCAUUCUUACACCUUUUUGUCUG